AUGGAGGAGAUCUGGAGGACACAGCGGCGACACCUGGACUGCAUCCAGGACCCCCCGGGUCUGGCGCUCUACACUCAGACGGGUGAGAUCACCAAAGGUGGGGUGAAGCUCCCGGUCUACCGGUGCGCCAGGGGGUCCACAUCCCUGGAAUCAUUUCACCUGCACCUGUGCCGCUUCAUCCCAGGCACGUCUGCCAGCGACGUGCACUUCCAAGUGUACCUUCUGGAGGGCCUGGCGCGAUGGAACGAGGACAGGGGCAGGGCCUCCGUCGAGGGAGGCAACAAGUCGGCUCUGCGGUGCUAUAACGCCCAACUGGUGCAAAGUGUCAACCAAGUUUCUCAGGAGCUCAUGGGCAAGACUCUGGUCGAAGCCUACACCGCGCCCACGGAGUACACAGGUAAGACAGACCUAAGUCCUUUGUUGUCAGGAGAGCUCAUUGGAGUGGAGUACCUGUACUCCCAAACGGGGGCCGUGCUGCAGCAGGAUUUGGGCGACCCCGAUGAGGAGGAGUCUGCUGAUGAGGGCUUUGAGCAAGACGGUGAAGAGGGACUGGAUGACGACGACGAUGAGCAGCCAGAGGAGAUCUCCUUGUUAAAAUACCACCACUCUCUCCUCUGUCAAGAGCGUGAGAAGACCAACACUGAGAUGGAGCAGCAGGAGGAGCAGCAGCAGUUGGAGAAGGUGAUCGUAGUUGGGCCGGACGGCCACCCAGGUUACCAGCACAUCUUGGCGCUGGCUCUCGCCCUUGCCAUGCUCAGGCACCGGCCCUUUGUGUCCCAGAAGCAGGCCAACGACAUCAUUGCCCUGUGGCAGCGCUUGCCUGACAGGGACAAGCAGCCGGUGUCCUUCCCGCCACGUCAUCAGGACAGGAUCAUCCGGGGCCGAUUUUUCGGACAAGCCACAGGCACCCUGAUGUGGCUCUGGGCGUGGAGAGCGUGGAGCGGAGCGGCGCACUCUCCCAAUGUCAGCAGGCUCGUGGAGGCUCUCAUGCUGGAGCUGUGCCGCGCCCGAGACGACGAGGGUGCCACAAUAGCCGGGGUUCGCGUUCAACGUUGGGCUGGUAUCAUCAAGGACUACAAACUGAUCCGUGAAAAUGUAUUGGGCUGUCGCACCUUGAUGGCAAACACUCGUAUCGCCCUAUACGAGGUGAACCAGCGGACCCUGUCGUUCUGGCACAAUCAACCCUUAAAGGCCAUGGCGAUGGAGACGGUGUGAACAGGCGCAGCGCCCUCCAGUGCCCCACAGACGUCCGAGAACCUCCCCGCUGCCGGAGGCCGUCCAGCCGGACCAGCCCGUGCAGCACAACCUGCCCGCUGAUGAGUCUGGUCUGGCAGUGGCCCGCUAGCCCCAGAGCUCUACGAGCGCUCCAUCAAGCGUGCCAGGACGUCGUCUUCCUCAGUCAACACCCUCUCUUCCACCCAGGGCACCUUCUCCACCAGCCCCUCGUCCUCUGCCACCGGCCCCUCCACCUCCUCCAGCUCGCCCCCCGCCAGAACAGUCUCCCGUACGACGCUGUGGAGGUGGAAAGUGCAACAGGAGAGAGCCCGACUGGCCCAGGAAAAGGACAGUUUUGCCACCCCCGACAGCAGAUACAAGAAGUUGACUUUCUGCUCCCAGUCUGAUGGCUGAACGGUGGAACAGUGGCACGCUGACAUAGCACGUGAGGAGGAGGAGGCCUCAGCCCAGAACUGUUCUUCCACAAGUGGCACUUAAACAUGUGCAAGGGGCACUCACAACACGCCUGGGUGCUUGUAAAUAGUUGUUGAAGUUUGUGUUUUUACUACUUGUUAAUUAUUUGUGGAGGCUGUGUAUGGUUUUACUUGUUUGCAAGUGUCACUUUAUUGUAAGUGAUGCAUAUCACAAUUGUGUUUGUUUACCAACUUGAAGUGUGAAAA